CAAGAGGUUGAGCAUCCAAUAUGAUUCGCAAACAAGCACGCCAGAGGCGUGAUUACCUCUACCGACGAGCGGUUCUUCUGCGGGAUGCUGAAAUCAGCGAGAAAAGAGCUAAGCUGAGAGCCUCUCUCGCUUCGGGAAAGCCAUUGGAUCCAACAAUCGCCAAUGACAAGUCACUGAGGAAAGAUUAUCAAUAUGACGAAUCGCGGGAUCUUACUACGAAUGAGCAGUUGGACUUGGAUGACGAGUAUGCGCAACUGUCUGGCAUCGUCGACCCUCGAGUUCUCGUAACCACUUCUCGCGACCCCUCGGCCAGAUUAUCAGCUUUUGCAAAGGAAAUCAGGCUCCUUCUACCAACCUCAAUCCGCAUGAACCGUGGUAAUCUCAUCUUACCCGACCUCGUCAAAUCCGCCCAGUCUGCGGGUCUAUCCGACAUGCUUCUGCUUCACGAGCAUCGUGGUACACCUACGGCCUUGACAAUUUCGCAUUUUCCCCACGGACCGACAGUUUCAUUCUCCCUGCACAACGUUGUGCUCCGCCACGAUAUCCCUGGCAGUGUUCGAGGAACUGUGUCAGAGUCAUACCCUCACCUCAUCUUCGACGGCUUCACAACUCGACUGGGAGAGCGAGUCGUUAAAGUUCUAAAGCACUUGUUCCCUCCCAGAGAGCCAAUCACUAGCAAGACCAAGAUUGGUAACCGCGUGGUGACGUUUAAAAACAUCGAUGACAGCAUUGAAGUCAGACAUCACGUUUUCGUACGGACAGGCUACGACAGCGUUGAGCUGGCCGAAGUUGGCCCUCGAAUGACGAUGAGAAUAUUCGAGAUCCGUGGCGGAACAUUAGAGAACAAGGAUGGCGAUGUUGAGUGGCAUCUGUCUCAAUACACACGGACGUCGAAGAAGAAGAACUAUCUCUAAUUCACGACUGGGAGCGUUUCAUCUGGCAAAUCGAGUUUUCGACCUCUUCUCUUUGCAUACUGAAGGUUACUUCUAGAACACCAAGCGGCCCGUGGCUGGAAGAUUUGGGAUUCUAGCGUUUCCAGUUAUGACGGACUUCAAAAACUAAAGAUCAGGCUAGCCGACCAGGAGGCACUUGGAUUCAACGUCAGCAAUCAUGUUGAGGGUGCUUCGCCACCAUGGCAACGUAAGGCUUCGUGGACGGCUCCAAAGUUUCAAUACUUGUACAUGGCCUAGAGUAUUGUGAUGGGGAAGGGAGUCGAAGAGACGUUGCUUAGAUCUAAUUGGUUUGUGGUGGCUAAUGUAUGCGCAAUAGCGAUUGACGAAUCCAAGCGGGUGGUUGGGUGGAAUUUUUCGAGACAAUCUGUUGGGAUCACGGCUGUAUAUAAUGACGUUUAUGGUUAUUGUACAUACCACUGGGCAAUUUGUGGUGAAUUUUAUUCAUAUUUUUAAAACAAGUAAUAAAUGUAUGUGUUUGGCAGCAAUUGACGCCACAGU